UUACCAGUAGUAGUAUUUUUAACACCUAUAAAUGUGUAACAAAUUGUGGUAUUCAACAUUAAAUACCAUGAAAUUGUGAAAUAACUUAAUCCAAUUCACAAUCCAGUAGAAUUUAUUUCACGUCAUUCAGGUAAUUUCAUUCUAGUAAUUCUUGUUUCAAAAAAUGUAAUAGGCUCUUUCAGACCAAAGCAACAGCCUCUUCCCAGUUUGUUUCAUUUAUGACAUUUAACGGUCUUUUGGAAAAUUGACACUGUGAAAUAAACUGUUACUGUAACAAGAAGCAGGAUGAAAUUACUUUUCAUAAAAAUGAGCUGAGUGUUAAACAUUUGCUGGAUUAUUUCACAAUGUCAUGGUCAUUUAUUGUACUUGUAUUUAUCCACAUGAUUAUUUAUUAUCAAAUUUCUUUUUUAUUUUUAUUUAAUUAAACACUUGAGGUCUCUACACAAAGGUAAGAGUAGUGCAGGGCUUUUGUAUUUGACUGCAUUCAUUUUUGCUACACAGUGGUGGUACAACAGCAUCAGGGUCUUUUCACUUUCUCACUUUACUAGUUGUCAAGCUGACUCCUUUUGCUAAGGGGGCGGGGGCGUGGCCUCACCUGCACAAUCAAGUCUUUGACUCAGCACAGGUGAGCUAUUCACGCGCCGUGAUGUCAGCUCCAGCUCGAGAGCGAACACACACAGGUGGCUCAGUCACUGCUGUCCAAGACACCAGGGACAUUUCUUCACCUGUGGUUUUUUGUGUUGGAGAUAUAACUUAAAAAUCAGAUGACUCUGCUUUGUUACAGGGUUCUGUGGUAUUUUUGAAAUUGAUAGCUGCUCGGCUUCCGUCCUGUUUAACUGAAAUGACGUGGUUGGGUGGAUUUGGGAGAUUAAGACCCGUUUUUCUGGGCAUUUUACUUAGCUUUUCUUUUCAAGGUGUAUGCUGUGAGCUGGUGGUUUCUUCUGCUGGUCCUACUUGGGUGAAUGCAAUAGCCGGCAGCAAUGUGACUUUGGCUGUGUCCUUCAGUGGUGCCCCUGAUCCAGCAGUUACCUGGUUUAAGGGAAAUUUACCUGUCGUCACAUGGACUAUUGGCUCCAGUGCUCCCCCAGACAUUGCCAACAGGGAGGUGCUGAGGAUUGAGCAAAAUGGAUCCCUUACCUUUGUAAAUGUGCCUCUCAGCGCCACCAGUAACUACACUGUUGAAAUGACAAAGUCUGGACUGGGUAAAGCUGUGAUAAAAUUCACUCUGAGAGUAUUUGAAAAGAUCCAGGAUGUGACUCUGAGCAUGCAGCCUGAUUUUGUCAGAGAGGGAACUGACCGGUUCACCCUGCAAUAUAGCAUUUUGCAAGGAGUGGUUGAGCAUCAAAUGUGGCUCUUCACUGGCAGAGAGAUAAAAACCAGCUCGCACUACUUGGUGGAGCAAAGGAGCGUCGUGAUCCUCAAACCAAACCGAAACGACACAGGGCGGUACACAGUGUCGCUGACGAACCCUUUCAACCACGUGCAAGCUCACAUGGACGUCACGGUGCUGUAUGGACCAGAUGAGCCUGCACUUGAGGCCCGUCCAUCCCAGUCUUUCUAUGUACUAGGGGAAUCUCUGAGCCUCUCCUGCCGGGCUGAGGGAUUCCCGCAGCCGACAGCUGAGUGGGAAUUUGGUGGUCAAACCCUUCCUGAUUCCCGUGAAGGAGUCCUAAAUCUAACAAACGUACAGACCAGUCAAGGGGGCCUUUACACAUGCACUCUGGUCAAUGAGCAGACAAACGAACGGCGCCAGAAGAGCAUGAUUUUAAAUAUUUAUGAGAAGCCGCCGGGCAACCCGAUAUGCUCUGUACAGUCGGCGAAUGGAAACGUCGACCUGCAGUAUCGCUGUCGGUGGUCGGGGGGAACCCCACAGGCCCAGCUGUCUUUCCCAGCACUAAGCAACACGAGCAGUGGAGCAGGGAACUUCAACCUGACUCUCGCUGCCUCGGAUAACUUGAACGGCAAAACUGUCACAUGUAUGGCAGUCCACCCAGUUGAACAAAACCAAUGCAACGUUACUGCACUUGGUCCAAUGGAGUUCCUCCCAACUGUGGGAACCACAGUUGACUCUGAGGGCAAAAUAGUGGUCGCAAUCCACUGUGUCAGUGCGGCUUCGCCUGAGGCUGUGGUGUCAUGGUCCAAAGGCAGCGAGGCUGUCACCAGCGGGACAACUUACCAGAUCAGCAGUGACACCACACAGCUCAAGAUUCGCAAUUACAAUGUCAGCAACUUUCUCCAGCAAAACUACACGUGCACAUGCCGCAACCCACUGGGCACCCAGAGAAGGCAAAUACAGUUACAAGGGCCGUCGAUCUCAGAUUCCAGUUUGUUCCCUAAUCAAGAAGGAACCAUCGUCACGUUGACCUGGGAGGUCCCUCCUACCUCUGUUGUUACAGGGUUUGACAUCCAAAUGAAAGGACCAGACCUCCUGAGCAGGAAUCGUACUCAAACUAGAGGCACCUCAGACAAAUAUCGCACCAUCCAGUUGAAACCCGGCUCUGCCCGUAGCACGGACGUCUUUGUCCUCGAUCCCAACUUGACGUACCGGUUUCGGGUCAUCCCCAGAGCUCGUAUGACUGAAGGAGAGCCGUCUGAGGUCCAUAGAAUUGGUCCAGGUGAAGGGCUGAGCGGUCCCGCCAUUGCUGGCAUCGCAGCUGGAAUCCCCUGCAGCCUUCUCUUCCUGCUCCUGCUGGCUGGCCUCAUCUACCUCUGUGUCUACUGCAACAAGAACAAAAGUCGGCAGACAAGAUAUCCAGUGUCCAGAGCCGUUGAGAAGGCAAUAACAACCCAAUCAGAUCCAGCUCCUCACAACCUGCUGACAGGAGGGCUGAAGUCUCCCCCUGACUACAACAGACUGCAGCAGACUCCCUCUGAAAGAUCAGGGGCUCUCCCCACAUUUGUCCCUCCGCCGCCUGUCAGAGUCGCUACAACUGUCUAAACUCCAAAACCUUCUUUAAUGUGUACAUUACUUUUGUAUAGCGUUCUUUAUUUUUUAUGUUUUAUUUUAAUCUGGGAUUUUCUAUAUUUUUAUCGUGAUUUUAAGUAAAAUGAAGAUGAAUGCCGUAAACUGAUUUAUUGAUAAUAAAUAUAAAUAUUU